CCGAAGCCCGCAUCCUUCCUCUGUCUCCAACUCCUCCCACUCUUCCCCAUGGUUACAACAAAUGGCCCUUUCUGCCGCCUCUCAAUCACAGCCUGCCACCUUCCACGCGCCCUCACCAUUGUCCUCUACUCGACGUGCAGCUGAUCUCCCAAACCAACAAACUGCACAUUCAUCCAUACCUCAGAAUUGGACAAACGUCUUCUCAUCCCCUUUGGACCCUUCAACGUUUGCUGCCCUCGUGGCGUCGGGUGUUCUCGGUCUCCCGGCGCCGACCGUUAACCCAAGUCUACCCUCACGAGCAAUGCCCUCACAAGCAGAACUCAUGUCGAAUCAAAGAGGACCUGGCUACGCAAAAGAGUUCCCGAGAGCAGUCUAUGGUCAGGGGGGAAACACCAGUUGGCAGUCCAUGAAUUCUGCGAUUCCGAUCUCGCAGCGCAUUCAUUCCGGCCAUGUUCGCUCGAACCCAGGGAGUGUUUCUUAUGUAAAACGGAGGCCCUCCGGCUCAGCAACAGACCCCAGUCUGAACAUGGCCGACAUGGCGCCAAGCUUGCAAGGGAGGCGCACCUCGCAUGCGUUCGAUCAGACGGCGUACAGGGGUAACGGUCAUUUUGGCAUCGGAGAUGCGUCCAUGGAUGCGUUCUCGAACGGGUAUCCAUCCCAAUCUCACUACCCGGAGGUCCACUCUCCGCCUAACUUGCCGCCCUCGCUGUGGAUGUCCCCGGCGUCAACAACACCGUCGUCACCCAACUUCCCGGAGCACUCGUUCCCGCCCCUGAACCCGCUGGCGAUACCCGCCCAUCUCAUGCAGGAUACGGUCAGCGGCUCGUCAACAAGUUCGUCCACUUACGGCGAGUCCGGGCGCUCAACCGCCCCAACGUCCGCGAGCAGCCCGAUGUCCAGUCGCAAGUUCUCGGAUCUGUUCCAGGACGACCUGUUCCCCCCGCGGAAACCGUUGCGCAAUGACGCCAAGCAUCCCAGUCCGAUCGUCUCGGGCUCCCCCGACCUGAAGGCCAUCGAGCUGGCGGCGGAAGACGUCGAUCCAGAACAGCUGGCGAGGGACGAUCCACUGGCGACGCAGGUUUGGAGGAUGUACGCGAAGACGAAGGCAACGCUGCCGCACGGGCAGCGGAUGGAGAACCUGACCUGGCGGAUGAUGGCACUCGCACUGAAGAAGAAAAAGGAGGACGAGGACAAGGCGAAGUUGGAGGAGAAGACUGUAGUCAAGGAGGAGAUAGUACCAGAGACCCUUGACAGCGCAGCUCCAUCGUCGUCUUCGAGUCGCUCGCCAGACAGCACCCCAGGUCCACCAGCGCCGGAAGACUCUGAACGCGGAAGGUCAAAAGGCAAAGCGAGAGUGAAAGUGGUGGGCUUCGAUGGGACGAAUCAGGAUGGAGUGGAGGACAAUGAUGACGAUGUGCCAAUGGACUGGCGGGACAUGAGCAGGUCACGUUCGCGCGUGCCUAUGGAUUGGCGCCCGGCUAGUCGUUCUCGCUCCCGGCCCCCCAUGGGAGGGCUACUCUCGGAGCAGAACCAGUUCAAGUUCCCCAGUUCUCCCCCGCCGAAGGCUUCCUCCUCCCCCUCUAAGCCCAUAUCUACAUCGGCGUCAGCCCGCCGGAGUCCUUCGACGUCGCAUAUGCCACUGGCAGCCGUCCAUGAGACAACCGCCGAGCAUCAUCACUUCCCUGAUCUGCCACCGUUCUCGGCAUUGACGAGCCCCGUGGGUCAUCCUGCCUCGCUUCCAUCACUGGGGCUGCAGGGAUUCCCGCGGCAUAGCACAUCGAGUGCACCGUCGCCCGAGGAGUUCACCGGAUUCCCCAAACGGGUGCGCAAGACGAGCUUCGACCAUACUGUAGAGAGGGAGGGGUUCUUCACCGGGGUGAGUGGUCGACAUCAAGUUGACGGCAAACCGCAGCCCCCUGAAAAGCUUGUUGGAACCAAGCGACGUGCAGAUGCACCACAUGCGGAGAGUAUGCUGCGUGGCGACCCCAUCGGUUUGGACACGACGGUGCCUCUAGAUGCCCACGACGUCGACCAUGGGCUUCCGAGCACGGCGUUCAAUUUCUCGUUCCAGCCGUACGAACAUUACCUCGACCUCUCCUCCUCGGCUCCAGUGAUGCACCAUAACAUCGGGCAUCAUCACAAGCAUCGUCUACCAGACCACUACCACGAGCCCCUCCACCUAAGUGGGACCUACUCGCCGAUUGAGCAGAACAACGAGGGGCUCUCUGCGACCGCUGCUGCUGCAUCGGUUGCUGUGGCCGAGAGUUACGCACAGCUCAACGUUUCCAACCUGGCGGGGCUCGAUGAAACUGGGCUCGAUUACUCGUUGAUGGGCAUGAGCAUGGGCAUGUACUCCAACAUGGAGCACCCAUCGAUCGGGCACCAUCCGUAUACACACGUCGACCCGACGCAGAUCCUGCCUCUGGAGCACGGCGAUGGGUCGUUCCAGAGCUUCCACCCAAGCCCAUCGAGCGAUGGCUGGGGCAACGGUGUCAACUCAAGCUCGAACGCUUCUCCAGAACCGUACAUCACGUCCAACGCCUCGACGCCGCCAUCGGUGGAAGGCUUGUCGAAUGGCGCACGCCCUGCGCGGAAGAUCUCGUCCACCAAGAGAAUGGAAACCGCCGCGCGGGGCAACCAGCGCAAGGGUAGCACGCCCGAGCUUCAGGUGGGCACGUCGGGCCAGCCUUCAAAAGGCAAUGGGGAAGACGGCGAAUCUUCCCCCACUGUGUGUACGAACUGCCAGACCACCAACACUCCGCUCUGGCGCAGAGAUCCGGAGGGCCAGCCUCUGUGCAACGCCUGCGGACUGUUCUUCAAAUUGCACGGCGUAGUGCGUCCUCUGUCGCUCAAGACGGACGUCAUCAAGAAACGGAAUCGUGCGUCUGGAACGCCACACAGUGCAUCCCGUAAAGGCGCUUCGCUACCGAAGCUAGCUGCCUCUGGGACACGACCCCGGUCCUCGACCACAAGUGCGAUGCCGAGCGGGCUCGCUGGCUCGCGGCUGUCGCCCACGAGUCGCAUCGGUGGCAGCGCUGCAGGGGGCACGCUCGCCAUGAAGCGGCAGCGACGGACUUCGGCGGGCCCGCAGAUUUCUACAUCAUCUUCACGCAAGGACAGUGACGAGAGUCAUGUCGGUAUGUAAUCUCACGAAGCGCAUAUGUCUCUCUAUGUCUUUCCAUACCAUCUCGCAAUCUUGGGCGCGGGCUGUUUUACUAUCAUUAGAAUGUGUAACUGAUCUGCUGCGGUUUUGUCCUGCCCCUCUUCAUGCUGCCCUCAUGCCACGCCGCUUGCUACUUUCCCUGUCCAUGUACGACCAUGAGCAUAGAGUCGAUAGAUCAUUCGUCGAAGUGCUUUUGUAUUUGAAACAAGAAUAAUUUUCUUUGGUUUUACGAGCGC